ACCGCAAGCCACAGUGCCUCGGAAGACAGAAACGCCUCCUCCCGAUUGCGCGAUGCAUCGCGGCACCGAGCAAUUGGUUCCUCUGUACCAGUCGUGCCGUGCGAACAACGGAACCGGUCGCCUUGAAGCCAAGAAGAAGGACGUAUCGAUUGAGGACUGUAUGGAGCUGGCGCGAGCUGCGUGCCAGAGCAGCUUCGGUAUGGAGUAUCCCAGCGGCUACGGAGGAGAGGACCGUGCGGAGUGCGUGCUCGGUGGUGGCAUUGCAGACUUGAUCGAGGUGGGCGACGUUGACUGCACGGCCUGGACGAACGAGGGGAACCCUAUGGGUGGAGCCUUCCGUCUGGCCGUGUACUCCGUGGUCGGCAAGAAGGAUCGAGGCGGCGGAGGCCAAGGUGCCCGUGCCGGAGUCCGCGGCCAUCCGGUCCACGACCCUGUUCUGCUUCGAGGUCACGGUGCCCAGCGAGGCGGACAUCUUGGACCAGACUCGGCAGGACUCGAGCGGCAUCUUCGCCUGCGACGACUACAUGGUUCUCCGCGGCUCGACCGCCGGCAGGGGCCAGGGUGGCAGCGCCAACAAGGACAUGACUGCGUCCUGGACAAACGUGCAGCCCUUCCUGGACGCCUGGGCAAUGGUCGCCGAGGACGGCCGGUACAAGGAACCCGAGCACAGCUGGACCGUGAAGGUCGAUCCCGACGCGGUGUUUGUGCCCCAGCAGCUCAAGAAGUGGCUGACCGGGAAGGAGAGCCGGACAGCAAGGGCUCCUACGUCAGUACCUGCGGCACGUGCGAGUCCAACUCCGGCUUCUACGGCGCUAUGGAGGUGAUGUCCCGCGUCGCGGCGCAGAGGUACGUCGAGAGCGCCCUGAGGUGCAAGGCGGAGUUUGGCGACGUCGCGAUGAACGGCUGGGGCGAAGAUUUGUUCGCGCAGCGGUGCAUGAACCUGGUCGGCGUUACUUGCUGGGACAGAUGACAGCGCGCAUUCGCUGGUGUGCGACAAGCUCUGCGGCUGCUGGGACGGUUGUCCCGCGGGCAAGGCGGCCUACCACCCGUUCAAGGACGCGAUCGACGAGUUCCGCGAGUGCACGAGCCAGGCCACGAUUUCAAAGUCGACAACUCAGGCGUCCCCGUCUAGCGGAUCGGGCGGUGCCAGCGAUUCGCAUGUACAGCAUAUUCAACGUCGCCCUUGGCCAGGGCGGAUACACCGCUGUUGAGGUCAAGAUGGGCCUGGCCAGAGAGCAGUGGAUGUGCCUCUCUGAAAGCGCUGCUCUGGCCGCGCCCGGCUCUCCGCGCCGGGCCCCCGCGCGCGCCGCCUGCGCCCGCCGACUCCGCCGCCGAGUCUGGACGAGCGCCCCCGCCGGCCGGCCCGCAUUAGCAGAAUCGGCGGGGCGGCGACCGGCUGGGCCGGGGCCCCCCUCCCCAACGACCCUCUUUGGCUCCGGCGCACCGCGCACAGCGCAAACAGCCGGUGCCGCGGGGCCCGCCGCGGGGCCCGCCGCGGGCGCGCUUGUCCAUGUUCCAGAGGCGCAGGGAAGGCGUGCGCCGCCCCCUGAGGGGGCGGCGAUCGCCCCCUUGCCGUCCGCGCGCCGCUCCAGAAGAAAA